AUGUCCAAGCUUAUCACCGUUUUCGGCGCGACCGGUCAACAGGGCGGCUCCGUGAUCCGCACUAUCCUGAGCGAUGAAAGUUUAUCGAAGGAGUUCAAGAUCCGGGGUAUUACUCGUGAUACUUCCAAGCUGGAGGCUCAGGCCCUUGUUAAGCAAGGAGUCGAACUUGUCUCGGCUGACAUGACCUCCAAAGACUCCCUGGUAAACGCCAUCCAAGGAAGUCACUCCGUCUUCCUGGUCACGACUCCAGCAUGGGGCGUAGCCGGAUCCACCGCCGAACUAGACCAUGGCAGAAACGUCGCCGACGUGGCUAAGCAGACAGGCGUGCAGCAUCUCAUUUUCUCUUCUUUGCUCGAUGUCACCAAGGAAACAAGUGGCCGAUUGAAGAACGUUCACCAUUUCGAUCAGAAGGCUCACGUUGAGGAGUAUAUCCGGUCGACCGGUGUUCCUGCGACGUUUGUGUUGCCGGGGUAUUUUAUGAAUAAUUAUACGCUAUAUGGGAUGUUGAGGAAGGGGGAGGACGGGGUUUAUAACUUGGCUUAUCCUGUUGGUGAGGAUGCGAAGUUUCCGCUUGUUGAUAUUGUGGAUGACAUGGGUAAAUACGUCGCAGCUGCACUGAAGAAUCGAUCCGAGGUCCUUGGUGCCCAAAUCCUCGCUGCGGCGGAUUACUACACUCCCACUCGUAUCCUUGCCGAGUUUGAGGAGGUUACCGGGAAGAAGACUCGGUUUGUGCGAGUGGACUCUGAGACUUAUAAGGGGUUUAUUCCCGGGCCCAUGGGUGAGGAGAUGUUGGAGAAUCAUCUGUUCAUCGAGAGUCCUGGGUACUAUGCUGGUCGGAGUUUGAAGGACAGUCAUGAGCUGCUUGACAAGGCUGGGUACAGACCUACUGCCUGGAAGGAGUUCUUGGAGCAGAACAAGGCUUCGUUCUAG